AUGACCACCACGGAGGUCGAGAACUUCCCGGGAUUCCCGGAGGGAAUUACGGGCCCCGAUCUUAUGAUCAGAAUGAAGCAGCAGGCGGAGCGGUGGGGAGCGGAGUUACACACCGAAGACGUGGAAUACGUCGAUCUGCAGACCCGCCCCUUCACAGUGCGCAGCAGCGACCGCGAGGUGCGCGCCCACAGCGUCAUCAUCGCCACGGGCGCCACUGCGCGCCGAUUGGGCCUGCCCAGCGAGAGAGAGUACUGGUCGCGAGGCAUCUCCGCGUGCGCGAUCUGCGACGGCGCGAGCCCAAUUUUCAAGGGGCAGGAGCUGGCGGUGGUGGGAGGAGGAGAUACGGCAGUGGAAGAGGCGCUGUACUUAACUAAGUACGCUAAGCACGUGCAUCUGCUGGUGCGGAGGGACAUUCUUAGGGCCAGCAAGGCGAUGCAGGAUCGGGUGUUUAAAAACCCGAACGUGACUGUUCACCUGAACACGAUCCCUGUAGAUGUGGUGGGGAACGACAAGGGGCAGAUGGCGGGUUUGAACGUGAAAGACGCGCAGACGGGGCAGGAGAGGAUUAUUCCGGUGAAGGGGCUGUUCUAUGGGAUCGGGCACAAGCCGAAUAGCGAUCUGCUGGCGGGGCAGGUGGAGCUGGAUGGGAGCGGGUACGUGGUCGUGAAGGACAACGCGGUUGAGACUUCUGUUCCCGGCGUGUUCGCUGCUGGCGACCUCAAGCCACUAGGGUACUCCAGGAUGUUAGUCCUCUCUUUUCGCUCAUCCUCUGCUCUUUUUUGUUCCCCCCUCCCCCCCUCUUUCGCCUCCCCAUCAACCUCUCUCACCUAUCAACAGGACCACGAGUGGAGGCAGGCCAUCACAGCAGCAGCAUCGGGGUGCAUGGCAGCGCUGUCAGUGGAGCGAUACCUCACAUCCAACGACCUGCUCAUCGAGUUCCACCAGAAGGAGGUGGAGGUGGUGGAGAAGAAGGAGCUCACAGAGGAGGACGUGGAGGAGCGGUUCGACCCGCUGCUGACGCGUCACAAGGGCCAGUAUGCGCUCCGCAAGCUCUACCACGAGUCGUCACGCCUCAUUGGAGUCAUCUACACGUCCCCGACUUGCGGGCCCUGCAGGACGCUCAAGCCCAUGCUCGCUAAGGUGGUGGAGGAAUUCGACCGUCAGAUCCACUGGGUGGAGAUUGACAUCGAGGAGGACCCUGAGAUUGCCGAGGCCGCAGGGAUCAUGGGCACUCCUGUCGUUCACUUCUUCAAGAACAAGGAGAAGAUCGAGUGA